AUGGGGAAAAACCAAGCUGCGUGGCUCACUGGGGCAGGUGCUUAUCCCUUUGCUGUUAAGGACGGACCCCGGCCGACACCCGGCCCUAGCGAAAUCGUCAUCAAGAAUGCAGCUGUGGCCAUAAAUCCCGUCGACUGGAAAAUCCAAACCCAUGGUCGCUACCUGAGUACAUACCCAUUUAUCUUGGGUGAAGAUGCAGUUGGUGUUGUGGAGGCUGUUGGUUCCGGAGUAACGCGCUUCACUAAAGGCCAGAGAGUGGUUGCACACUGUCACGGCCUUAUGACAGGCAACCCGUCCAACUCGGGUUUCCAGCUUUACCCCGUGGUGACGGAAGCCCUCGCUGCAGCAAUCCCGGAGAACUUGAGUUUUGAGCAGGCUGUCGUUUUGCCACUCGCGAUCUCCACUGCUUGCGCAGGACUUUACCAAAAGGAGUACCUCAAUCUCCCUCUUCCCUCCGCCAACAAGGCAGAGCCUACUGGCCAGACAGUCUUGAUCUGGGGCGGUGCCUCAUCUGUUGGAGCAACCGCCAUUCAACUUGCAGCUGCUUCUGGCUUAACCGUUGUGACAACUGCUUCUACGGGGAAUCACGGAUUUGUGAAGUCUCUUGGCGCUGAUAUCGUCUUUGAUUAUCGAUCCUCUACCGUAGUCCAGGACAUAGCUACUGCGCUUAGAGGCACUAAAUUCGUGGGAAUUUAUGACUCCAUUGCCGAGGAAAAGAGCUUUGCGGCUUUGGCUGAUCUCGUGGAAACACUGAAUAUCUCUAUCCCAGUGGCUAGUGUUUUGCCAUAUGAUAAGCCUACUGCAACCUUUGCUCCUAAAUAUGUUCUCGCAUAUGCUAUCAUCCAAGAGCCAAACCACCAUGUUGGCGAAUGGAUUUGGGGCAAAUUUGUCCCUGAAGCACUGGCAAAUGGAAGACUACAAGCUAAGCCAGAUCCUUUCGUUGUAGGCACUGGCCUCAAGGAUAUCCAGAAUGCGCUUGACAUUCAGAAGAGGGGUGUUUCCGCGAAAAAGGUCGUGGUCACUCUUUGA